AUUGUGAUCGAUGAUGUAUGGACAAUAGCAGCCUGGGCUUCAAUCCUGUCCAAAUUGCCAAAAAGCACAUGCAGCAGCAGAAUCAUUGUUACCACUCGGAUAGAUAGUGUGGCAAAAGAAUGUAGUGGAGCUAGUGUAUGCAAUAACCGCAUCUACCAUAUCAAGCGACUCAGUCCAGAAGAUUCUGAGAAGUUGUUUGUGAGGAGAGCAUUUGGUCCAGUGAAUACCUCUUGCCCCGAGGAGCUAAAAGAUGCAAUGGAAAAUAUCUUGAGAAAAUGCGAUGGGCUGCCUUUAGCCAUUGUUAGCAUUGGCUGCCUUUUGGCAAGCUAUAACACUCCAGAGACUAAACAUAUGAGAGAAGCAGUUUGUAGAUCAAUUGGUUCACACAUGGAGAGCCACCCAACCCUUGAGGGAAUGAGGAAGAUAAUCACACUUAGCUUCAGUUACCUGCCUCAUGACCUCAAGCGUUGCAUGAUGUAUCUUAGCAUUUUCCCAGAGGAUUAUCUAGUCAGCAAGAACCGACUCUUGAGAAGAUGGAUCGCCGAAGGAUUAAUACCAGAGAAGAGGGGCCUUACUUUGAUGCAGACUGCUGAGGCUUACUUCAAUGAGCUAGUGAAUAGAAGUAUGAUUGAUCAAGCCGGGCCUAUAGUCACCUACUAUAAUAGGGUGGAUAUAUGUCGGGUGCACGACAUGAUGCUUGAGGUCAUGGUGUCCAAAUCAUUAGAAGCUAACUUUGUUAGCUUUGUAGGCAUUCAGUAUGAAGGGAUGUCAUAUGAUAUUGUUCGCCGUCUUUCCGUACAUGAUGCAGAUAUGGGGUACAAAUACUCUCCAUCCAAGAAAAGAUCAAUGGGGAUUGGGAUGAUGAAUGCCAUUGAGGGGAUGAACGUGCAGCAUGUCCGAUCACUUAGCACAUUUCAGUCUGAAGGACACAAGUUGUUGCUUGAUCAACUACGAAAGUUCAAACUGCUAAGGGUACUUGAUCUGGAAGAUUGCAAGGACCUAAAAAAUAAGCAUUUGAGGUACAUUUGCAAGAUGUACCUUCUUAAGUUCUUGAGCUUGAGGGGUACAGAUAUCAGUGUGAUGCCUCCCGAAAUCUGCAACCUAGAGCAUUUGCAAACACUUGAUGUUGAGGAUACUCUCCUCGAGACGCUUCCAAACACUAUGAUAAAGCUGAUCAAACUUGAGCAGCUGAUGUUCUCCAACAGGAACAGGUGGCUGAUCCUAUGGACAUUGCCUAAAGGGAUCUCAAAAAUGAAGGCAUUGCGUGAGCUCAGUAGAGUGGUCAUCAGAAGUGUUGAGGUUGCUCAAGAGAUUGGUGAUCUACAACAACUGGAACGGAUAUUUGUCUAUCUCGACAAAAGUUCCGAGCAGAACAUGGAUAUUAGACAAGUGCUUAACUGCUCCCUAAGUAAGACAUCAUCCCUUCGGUGGCUCGACGUGGGAGAACUUGAAGAUAACCACAACGAUGACAUGGACUAUCUCAUCGAUCUCAAUACGCCACCACAGCUUCUGCGGUACCUUAGGUUUGGCGGAUCUAUUUCGAGAAUUCCAGACUGGGCCGGUUCACUUGCAUUUCUUGCCGAGUUCACCAUUUCAUGCACAAAACUUGUUGGGAACCAACCAUUUGAGGUCCUUUGCCAGGCUCCCCUCUUGAAUAGUAUCUUCUUCCAGAUGUAUUUUUAUGUUGACAAAGAUUUGGCUGCACUCAGUACCCACAAGUUUCCCAUGCUCAAGAACAUGAGAGUGACCUAUCCAUAUCCAAAUCCCGAAGUGUUCAGUUUUGAAGAAGACUCAAUGACAAAGCUCGAGAUACUUGAAGUGGAAUUUGGAGGCUACCAGAAGAGCAUUGUUGGCAUCGAGCACUUGACGAACCUUAAACAGGUGCGACUCAGUGGUAAAGGUAAUAACCCUUCGCUAGUACGCGCAGCGAAGGAGCUAAAGGCUGAGAGUGAUAGACGUAGCAAGUCCAAUCAGUCUGCAUUCACGGUUGGAGUGAGAUACAGUUGAUUGCUCCAUCCUCUGCACUUCUUACGAGUAUUCCCUCCAAUAAAACAGGCCGAGUUCUAGCUCCGGAAUCAUCUCUAUCGGUUUUUUUAGUGUGUUGUUGUUGUUGUUGUUGUUGUUGUUGUUUCUUGUAUUGUAUAGCUAGGGUGCCCGCAUGAUAGACUUUUCUAUUUUGUUAAAGCAUUGUAAUAAAGCUGGAGUUAUAUGUAGCUAGCAUUAAUCCAGCGAAUUAUUGUUCCUCUUACUAUUUAACUAGUUGUUUCAUGUAUUAAGGUAAUGCAGAUUACUUAUGUUUUGCAACAUUUAAAGCUCGAGUCCCUCAAAU